GAUUUGGCUGUUAUAUACCAACACCAUUAAUCCUUUCUAUCUUCUCUUUGUAAUUUCAACGAAUAUGUUCUUGCAUUGCUGAUCUGAAUUCUGAGUUUUCUCUAACUUUUUCUUCGAGAUCUUGGGGUUUUCGUUGAUGGUGAGUUGGCUCUCUAUUCAAUUCGCAUUUUCCCCAAUUUUCGAUCCAGUUCUUACAAGAAGUGAUUAGAGAUAGGAAGCGUAUGAACAAAACGUAGAUCAUACUGGUUGACAUGAACGAACCUUUUCAAGUCUGUCGAAUCAUUACUCUACUGUAACUAGAUCAGAAUUAUACAAAUUGUAGAUAAAAGCAGCGACUUUUAGAUGAUAACAGUUGGUUGCAGCUUGUAGAGGCUGCAUCUAAGCAUGUUGAUUGCUUUCGAGUUGAUGCUUAAUCAUCCUAACAGUAAAAAAUGGGGUUUCUACGACACUUUUCAUAGUUUUUUACACCUAAUAACUAAUGGUAGUCUACAAGCAACCGAAGAACACUGUUUUAACAGUGUAGAAGCCUCUUUUUGGACCUCGGAAGUCCAUUGACAAAUUCAUUAAUUACUUGCUUCAGUGUCAAUAAUGGAAAGAUAUAAAAGUGUAGAAGAGAUUGGAGAUGGAACUUGUGGAACUGUAUAUAAAGCCAUCAACCUUGAGACAUCUGAAAUUGUUGCAGUCAAGAAGAUGAAGAGAAAGUAUUAUGUUUGGGAAGAAUGUAUGAAUUUACGCGAAGUUAAGUCCCUCCGGAAAUUGAAUCAUCCAAACAUCAUAAAGCUGAAGGAGAUUGUGAGAGAGAAUAACGAGCUAUUCUUCAUAUUUGAAUACAUGGAACAUAAUUUGUACGACAUAAUGAGGGAACGCGAAAGGCCAUUCACAGAGGAAGAGGUUAGGGGUUUGAUGACUCAGCUUCUUCAAGGACUUGUACAUAUGCAUAGAAGUGAAUAUUUUCAUCGGGACCUAAAACCUGAGAAUUUAUUGGUGACAAACAAUACUAUAAAGAUUGCUGAUUUUGGCCUGGCUAGAGAAGUGUCAUCUGAACCUCCUUUUACUGAUUAUGUUUCUACUCGCUGGUAUCGAGCACCAGAAGUCCUGUUGCAAUCUUCUUCAUACACUCCUGCCAUAGAUAUGUGGGCAGUUGGUGCAAUACUUGCUGAACUUUUCACUUUGUGCCCGUUGUUUCCUGGGGAAAGUGAAAUAGAUCAGUUGUACAAGAUAUGCUGUGUUCUUGGCACACCUGAUUGGACCCUUUUUCCGGAAGCAAGGAAUGUUGCAAGGUUAAUGAAUAUCAGUUAUUCAAUGAUUAUGCCUGCAAAUCUUGCUGACCUUAUCCCAAAUGCAAGCUCCGAAGCUAUUAAUUUGAUCAAGCAAUUGUGCUCGUGGGACCCACUAAGGAGGCCGACAGCAGAGCAGUGCUUACAACAUCCGUUUUUCUAUGCUAACACGUGGGUCCCGCGUCCACUUGGCGAUCCACAUCAGCUGAAGACGGACAACACAGGAUCACAACCAAAUCUUGAAUUAAAUCUGUGGGAUUUCAGCCGUAAAAGUACAGCAGAGGAUUGUUUUCUAGGUUUGACCCUGGCAGUCAACCCUAGUGUUUCCAAUAUCGAAAUGGUCCACAAGACUCGAAGCACAAAACAAGAUCUUCUGUUCUGCUCAGAUUAUGAGGAUGAAUCACAAUAUGCUGUUUUUUGGUCUCUUUUCCCCCCUGAUCACCCACCAGUGGAAUCUUCCUUGUCAUUAGCAUUCAGCAGUGGAAUUCCUCACUCUACAAUGGGAAUGGGAGGUGGUGAAUCUGGUGGAUUCAGAAUGGCAUCGCUGCAGCCUAAUUUCUUGACCAUGUCCUCUCAUUUCCAGCAGCACCAGGGUCACUGUCGUUGACUUUGUCUUGUCUUAUUAAGACGUUUCUGUAGCAUUUUUGUUUUUGUUUUUGUUUAUAACCAACCAGUGAACAUAUAUACAGUCGGACCAUAAAACCACACAUUGAUUUGUCCCCAA